UUAUAAUACCCGUAUACGUCUGUCUGUCUUUCACGCAAAAUGGUACCACAAGUAGUGAACUCGGUGUAACGAACUCGGUGUUAAAUUCCACUGAAAAUUAUGACUCCGAAAAUUUCUACUGUCAUGAUAACAUGCAAUUCAUCUUGAGUCAGCAUCUUGUAGAUUACAUUCAAAGUCAUGUUGAUAAAAGGAACGUGUGCACAACAAGGAAACGUAAACAAAGUUUUGAACGUCUUGUGUUUAUUAGAAUUCGUUAUUACUUUGCUUUUUAACAGGAUCCUAGCUACGAAUUUAAAUCACUUUUGCUCGAAAGAGUUCUAAAUUUUUAAUCGAUUUAGGCAAAACUUUCUGAUUUUUACUCCCCUGUUAAUACAACGAACUCUCGAUAUAACUAACUUUUUUCUAUCCCUCUUGUACAUUCGUUAUAUCCAGAGUCCACUGUAUGAAUUAUCUUUCAGAUCUAUAUAUCUAAUUCUUUCCUCUUUCGAUGAGUGGCAAUUAGAACUGAUGAGUUAAAUCAACAACAAAUAAAAACUUAACAUGAAGCGAAGGAAUUUUAAUUACCCAAAAUGUUAAUUUCUCAGAUCUUUCUAUUUAAUGUACGCACAGCGCUUUCUCUGGUGUGAAUUAAUGUUGAAGUCAUUGAUAAAUAAAAGAUGAUACGUAGAUAUAGACCAUCUACAUCUACCCUGUUCCUAGAGCUUUUUGUUUCUCAUCGGCGCUGCGAGUAUUGAUAGGGCUUUAAAAUGGUCUAUCUCAACAUUAAUGGCCUGUUACCAAACUAGACUACGUUAAACUUCUGCUACAUCAAACAAAACUUGAUGCAUUCUCCAUUUGUGAAACUUAAAUUGAUGACACAAUAUUGACAAUGACGUUAAAAUUGAUGGCUAUGUUUGGUAUAGGAAUAAUCAGAAUAGACGUGGUGUACAUCCUCUUUGUAUAUCCUCUUUGAAUAUCCUCUUUGAUUUUUGUUAAUGAAAACUUGUAUGGCCAGCUUUUAAAACACCUAUACUUCGAAAAUGUUGAAUCAGUAUGGGUGAAAGGUGCUGGAAAUAAGUUAAACCUAGUGAUUUGCAGAGUACUGAAAACCUGUGUGCUCAUUUUAAAAAAUGUUUUAAUAAACUCUCAAAAGAAAAAGAAGUUUUUAUCUUGGGAGAUGUUAACUGUAACAUGCUUUUAAAAUAUGCUCUUUCCUCCAAAAUAAAGGAAUUAUGCUCCACUCUUUUCCUAAAACAGCAUAUUACGGAGCCAAUUCGUGUUACAGAAGCUACAAGAACUUCAGUGUAGGCCUAAACAACUUUGGAAAACCGUAAGAAAACUUGUUUUCUUAUUGGUCAGGCAGUACUACCUCAAUAAAACGAGUAGUCCAAAACGAUGGUACAGAAACAUCUAUCCAAAAGAAAUUAUUAUAUUUCUGAGCAUAACUUUCUAAAUUACAGACAGUCCGGAUUUUGAAAACUCUUUUCCACAGAAACUGCAGUAUUCGAUUUCUCUGACUUUAUACUUACUGAGCUGGGCCAGCAAAACUUUGUUUGUGCUGUGCUCAUUGACCUUAAAAAAGCUUUUGACAUUAUUGAUCAUAAAAUUUUGUUAAAAAAACUAUGGUGUUUUGGCACAAGAGGUGCUACCUUUGACUAUGGAGUUGUUGGUUUGAGUCCUACUUAAGGGGCCAAAUCCAGCUGACUCUUGAAAACAAAACAAGAUCAGGCCUGCUUCAGUGAUCUGUGUUGGCCCCCUGCUUUUUCUUUAGUGUAUUGAUGACUUAAAAUCUGUAAUGCAAAUUAUCACGAUCUAUAUGCAUACAAUAAUUAUUUUAUCCCACAAAAGCUUGGAUACCUUUGUCUCGCAGGUCGAGUUGGAACUUUUGCAAGUCGACAUUUCGCUGAAUAAUGACAAAAUGACUAUAAAUACGGACAAAACUACAACAAUCUUUUGCGCCAACCACAGCCAGUUAAAAAAGUUGAGAACAAAACUAUAAACUAUAUGGGUCGUCUCGCCGACCGAUAUGCAAAAAGAGACAACGGGUCAUGCGAUCAAGGUUGGAGCAGCAUAUAAUAGCUUGAAGAGGGGCCAUAAACUAUCCUUAGGGAUUGUUCACAUAAGAGACAAAACGUCUACAACCACACCAGUUACCACGCAAGUUUUAACGUCACGACAACAAAGAGCGCACAUGUGUAAUUCGACGAUAUAUCAUCAUGCUAACGGUGAAAUCAAUGAGACACUUAUUAAUAAAAUGUGUUCGGAUUUUUAUCCUUCUUGUAAAAAAGAUACUUUCACAUCACGUUUGAGAUAUAUCUUUACCGAGGAACCUUACUUCAAAUUUAAUUUUACUAUCGUUAAAAAAGGUUGCAUGGCAUAUGUGAUUGACAUAUAUGAAAACAACACCCUUGUUUCUUUUAACUAUAUUCCGUAUAACAAGACUGGCGAACAAAAAAUAUUCAAGCGACGAAAUUUAUACGGUGUGUCGUACCGGUACAAAGUCACAUUCCUUCCAUCCGGAUAUAGUAUAUCACACCGUGUUAAAAGAAGCCCGACUAAAUGUGAGACAUUUACGAUCCUGACAAUACGCAAAAAUAUUAAAAAGGAAAAUCCAUUGUGCAAUGCUAGAAACGAUUUAUUGGACGUUCAAAUUACCGCAGCACCAAUAUGCGAUUAUUUCUCUAACAAUGUCGCUGAUGUUAAAAACUAUUUAAAAAAGACCAAGUUAAAAAUAUCUAACUGUACUAUCAUCCCCUAUCAACUCCCUCGAGAUGAAGUUGACGAGAAAGGAUAUACCAAUAAAACACUGCAUGUUGUAUUUGUUAUGUCAGCUAUCUUACUGACAAUAUUCAUUAUUCUUAUCAUUGUCCGUAUUGUGAGAAAUAUCAAACGCAAACAUGGUGAGGUGGACAGAGUUGAAGGUACAGCGGAACAAGCUGGACAUCGUCAAGGAAAAAAAGUGAUGAUUCUAAAUCGACCAGGUUGUGAAUUGAUUGAAACACUAUUAAGAGAUUUAGCUUUCUUCUUAAAAGCAUAUGGUAUUGAUGUAAAGUUGUCAUUGCUUGAACAAAGUCAGAUUGACGCAGAAGGAGGAAUUUCAUCGUACUUACAAAGAAAUAUUGAUUCUUGUGAUUAUAUUCUUAUCAUGUUUACAGAACAUGAUAAAGAUCAUACACCCUUAAAACAUCGACCAUACGAAUUUGCUGUAAAAGUCAUCAGUGGUUUAGCAUAUCAUCAGAAUGAUAGUUCCAGAUACAUUCCUCUGUAUUUAACAAGUUAUGAAAAAGCACUCAGUUUGAUGCCAUCCUUUUUAAUUGCCACACAAGAUAUGGGCUUCCAAAUCCCUAGAGAGCUGUCACAAUUAAUGAGGCGAUUACUGGGUUCAACUGUACCAUCAAAGACAAAAGAACAGUUGGUUAAAAUGAACUUUUUUAUAAACAAAAUGAAAACUGCUUGUAAAAAAAUUGAGUGUGAGAAACAUACCACUUGUAGCCAAGAUAACUGCAACAAGGGUACAAUUUAUGACAGUGUCAGCAACUUGUCAGCUAUAUGGGCAUCUACUGCUCCAUCGAGAUGGUCUUCUUUUCAUUCAAUAUAUAAAAGACCACAGGUGGACGUUCCCUUAUUGACAAUGGAAGAAAUUUUAAAACGAAACGAAAUCACUAAUUAGAGGCAUGCUGUAUAUUGUUAUAACGAAUUUUCGUUUGCGAGUAAUGAUCCGUAACGCAUAGUUUUACAUUGCUGUAGAAUUUCCUGCUGAAUACCAUAUACGAGGAUUUACCAAAAUACCCUGUCUCGAUGGACGAGUAGAAGGUCCUAAUAAUGUAGAAACACCACUCCAAUAAAGGAAUAAACAGGAAUAUUUCGUGCAUCACCUAACACGAAUCACUUCUCCACUGUUAGCUGUUUGUUUCUCAGAUAUAAAAAAUUGCGACGAUUAUUAUAAAGUGAGACAGAACAAGGAUAAUUCCAGUUAUGUGAAGAAAAUUUCUAAAACGAUUACUUUAUUAGGAUGUAAUGACUUUAUAAAAUUUAGCUAUUAAUUAAAUGAACUAGUUUUAAGAGGUUUUCAAGAGAGGUUACAUUUUAUAGCAAUAUGAUUCUAAAUAUUGUUACGCCCGUUCGACGUGUAAACCACAAGUUGUUGUCUCUGAUUCUACGUUUUCUACACUUUUUUUUACAUUAACACCAAAGCUGCUCAACCGUGACUCGAACUGGGUUGUACUGCUUUGUGGCUGUUUAAACAGCUCCCAAGUCUUCUCAUUUCCACCUUUAAAAAAAGACAUUACGCCUUACCAAUUUGUAACUUUUACACUUUUUGUCUUACCUCCUUUCAGCUUUGGAUUUGGAAGUUUUACUUGAC